AAGUGUUCUCGGGUAAAUUAGGUUGGACUUCCCUCUGGCCUUCUUGCACCUUAAAGCACUGAUGUCACUUCAGCAUCGCCCUCAAAGCUGUGGGCUGACCAAUUACCGCUUUAGGAAAAAUGUCAACUCCAUACAGUCCAUUUUACUAUCGCCUUGCGACACCUCCAGCGCAAGCAAUGCCCUUGAUAUUGGAUGGCAGUACACAUAGUCGAACCACUUCUAGCUCCUCAUGCCGUUCAAGUGAUUCAUCUCCUGACUCUGUCCAAACGGCCUUUACGACGCCUGUCAAAUCUCCCAUAAGAAACCAUGGGCCUCCCCUUUUGCCCAAGAUCCGACCACAGGAUCAGGAGCUUGAGCAACCUUGCCCAGCUGUAAAGCGUCAUCGCAAAGCGCUUUCCAGUACCUCCAACCCUCCUGGAUCCAUGAUGAGCCUUGCACGUCCGAGUGUCUCACGUAGCGUCGUCGAUUCGCCAGAUUGUGUGAACCUAUUGUCGCCGGGGGUGGGCAAUCCCAUAUUCAAUGCCCGUACCCCUAAUUCUGCUCUAGAGUCUCCCAUUGCCUUGUCGACAGCCCAAGCUCGCUCCGCAUCCUCUUCGUCUGGUGCCCAUGCUCGCUCCACAUCCGCGUCCAGCCUCGACGGCUUUUUGCUUGGCCGAUAUGGCUUCCCGACUUAUCGACAAUUGCCUGCGUACAUUGCGCCCUUGCCGUUCAGUCUCCCUCCUCAUGCCUCCACUGUACAAGGGAUGCCAGAGUAUAUGCGUGCCGCUGCUACGGCUGUUGCUCCUGUUGCUCCUGUUGCCCCUAGCCAGAGAGUCUCGUACCAGGAAUACUCUCUCCCGACUGAGCUCCAAUACCACCCAGCCGCGAGCACAAUGUCGACCACUACCCUCCUGGACUUUUUGACUGCUCCGAACCCCACUCCUUCGCUGGUGCGCCAAAUUAAUACCCUCAUGCGUGGUGACAAUACCCACUUUUGGUGGGAUAUCCGCAAUCUGCGCUCCUGGGCCGACUUCACUCUCCAAACGAUUGAGAGUAUCCCAGACUUUCCCCAGCUGCUCCGUACCGAAAUUGCCCGUACUGCGCUGCCCACGCCUCGCUAUGAUCCCGGCCAUCUUCAGCCCGAGAAUGAAUCUGUUCUGCACGAUCUAUGCAAUGAUUUCUACGCCACAAAGGUCAACUCUGCGAUAAAGGUUGCCCAAGGCCAGCCACAUGUCUGCAUGCGAGCGGAAAAGCCUCGCGAGGGACGCCGUCAACCCGAAUUUAUUUCGUCGUAUCAGCAUGACCAUCACAAUCAGGACUUUUACUAUGGCGACGGCCGUGGCCGAGUAGUUGGACUGGUCAAAUCGUUUGAUCGCUGGAACACGGGCAUGCGCGUCGACAAGCCCCACCGGCAGGUUGAAUACCUGCAGGGUCUUUCUCACCUGCACCGCCACAUGCGCGAGCACAGCUGCCGCUACGGAUUCAUCGUUACGGAGAUUGAGCUGGUAUGUGUGCGGGCCGGCACGACAAACAAGCCUUACUUUGGAUUCUUAGAGCUCUCGCGGCCCAUUCCCAUUGAGCUCCAUGGUCGUGGCGAACUGACAGCUUGCCUGGCGCUGUGGUAUCUUCACAUGCUCGCCAAGGAAGUUCCCCUCAAUGGCCAGGUUGGCGCGAAAAUGCACGUCGGUCCUCCCGGGGCCCUGACUCGCCAGAACUGUCUAGAAAAAGAUGGCUGGAUACCAGCGCCACAAGUGGGCGAGAAGAGAAUGGCUAAGCGUAUCAGGGGUUGGGUUUUUCCUGAAGAGCCUCUGCAUCGGCGCGAGCAUGGAAUCAAGAAGAGGUGGCACAAGUAGCCGGCGGUGGUUGAUGCAGGGCUGACGAUUAGAGUGCAAGGUGGUCUAUGAUAUCGAUCAUG